GUGAACCGUGUAUACUGGUGUACCCCGUGUUAGUAUCGAUUUCUGACAACGGGUAACACACAGUAGUUCUAUACAUUACUCAGUACACACGGGUUGUCUGUCGGAAUACGUCAUACCUGUUCACGAUGGGCUACGGACAGUACAUUGGACAUAUACUGACCACAUGGUGAUGGACGUGUGUUUGGAUUUGGUUCGCUUGCUCGCAUGUUAAGACAGAUCCGUGAGAUAUACGCCGCCCUACCCGGACCUACAUAGCAGAAGAGACACCCCUAAAAGACGACGAAGACGUGGCUCAACAACCUCUUCAAUACCAAAGAACGUGUCAGAUACUGACGUAGACAGCUCCAGCCUGGCCAGCCAGCAGGUUGGUAUUAAAGUAAUCCGCACGUGCUGACUUCGGAAGUGAGUAUUCUACUGAAGUGUGAUACGACCUGAAUAUACGACAGCGUAAUACGAAUUUACCUUACUGAAUCACCAGCAACGCUAUCGAAGUAUUGACCAAAGUAGAAUCAUCGUAUAGUAAAGGAACCAAGUGGCCAUUGUACUAAGGUAAAAGGACUGCACACUAUGCCGUGUUUAACUGCCUGCACUGUAUCCGUCAUGAAUGACCAUAACAAGAAGGGCGGCCGUACGUGUACCACGAAGAGCCUGCUGUACGCCUUUUUGGGACUGUGCGUCGUCAUGUUCGCCAGUGUGUUUGUUUACUGGUAUCACGUUAGUGAACUGUUCACUCUGUCUGUACAACUCACAGACAAUGUAAAGGAAUUCUACGAAAAGGACGCAAAACAAUUCUUAAAAGUUCUCAAACUGUCUGGAUUUGAAAACGAAGAAACGAAAUCUAACAAGGGACCACCAGUUGGUAAACUAGUUUCCGUGACCACUUCCACUACAACCGGUAAGACGGUGAAACUGCCUGUAAAAUCACCAGCUAAAGUACCAACGAAACCCCCGUCAAAUCGUCAGGACAACUGUGAAAUGUGCUUUAAUCAUAACUUUAAUUACAUAUUAGACAAUGAUCAAAUUUGUGCUCGUAACGACAAGUCCCCCGAAAUAGAUGUCGUUGUUCUGAUCUUUACAGUCCACAAAAAUAGAGUACAGAGAGAAACUAUACGUAAAACAUGGCUAACGUAUGCUAAAAACAACUCCCUAGAUUCUAAUGUCCGAUAUGCUUUCUUACUUGGAGCACCUGCUGAUCCAAACAUGAAUAAAAUCGUAAAAGAGGAAUUCGAUAUAUUCAAAGAUAUUCUUCAGGAAGACUUCAAGGAUGCUUACAGUAACUUGACAUACAAAACCAUGAUGGCGUACAAAUGGGCCAGCACCAAAUGUAAGGACGCGAAAUUCGUGAUGAAAACUGACGAUGAUAUGUACGUCAACAUUCCAAAUAUUCUGACAACACUAAAAAAUCACAAAGAAAAGUUACAAACUCAGGUCGGCGGGGCGUGUCACCAGGUGGCAAAGCCUAUUCGGGAUCAUCGAUCUAAAUGGUAUGCAUCAAAGAAAAGUUUCCCAGCAAGUAACUAUCCGGGGUUUUGUUCCGGUACCGGGUAUGUUACUAGUAUGAACGUGGCUACAAAGGUGUUUGAGGUAUCACAACAUGUUCCGUUUUUCCAUCUCGAAGAUGUGUACGUCGCUCUCUGCAUUAAAAAACUAGGAUACAAAUUAUUGGCUAUCCCAGGGUUCAAUGCUGGCAGAUUUAAGCCAGAUCCCUGUAUAUAUCACGGUAAUACCAUGAUGACGUCACACCAAGUUCCUCCAGAUAUGAUGGAGAAGAUGUGGUUUGGAAAGUGUGCAAAGAGAGGAUAAUUUAAAUUUGGAUCGUUUGGUUUACAUUAUCAGAUCUAUAUGAAGACCGUGCCAUAUUUAAAUUAACUUUUAAACGCACCAUCAACGCCGGAGAGGUCAUCCGAUCCGGGAAAUACCCUGGAAUACAUAGAUAAUGUUAUCAUUUUUUUAAGUACGUAUCAUAUGCAUAAUACACGUUGGUAAAAGGUCAGUCCCUAAGAUACUAUAAACCAUGUGUUUUAUUCAUAAUAUGUAUGUUAUUGAUAGCAUGUGUGUUAUUUAUAAUGUAUAAAGUAUUUAUAGCAUGUGUGUUAUUU